AUGCCUGUUGCAGCCAUCAACUCGUACGAGGAAUUUGCACAAAUCAUCAGUAGCGGGAAGUCCGUUGUAAUCAAUUUCUGGGCAACAUGGAGUGGACCUUGCAGAACUAUGUCGCCUAUUUUCGAGAGAGAGCUCUUCAGCUGGACAGGAAGCGAGCUAGUUCCGAUGAUCCUUCCGGUAACGUACACCGCCACUUAG